GGCGUUGUCAGCGCGAGGGCGAGGGCGGGUGGCUUCUCUCCUUAAGGCACAACGCAGGUGGUUGCCUGUAUGCGCCCAGAAAAGGGCACAGUCAGGUGACCUGGUGAGCCUCUCGGACAAGGAAUUCUGUUGAGAGGUUGUGCCACCUCCAUUUAGGGGACUGGAUAUUCAUGGUUCUUGAAGAAACCGAACUUUACGUAUCGCUGCAAUAUGGGCGUUAAAGGCUUGUAUUCGUUUGUGACCAAUGACUGUCCGGGUGCAUGUACAGCGGUAAACCUGAAAGUAGUGGCAGAAGAGCACCGCAGCAAGUAUCCUGGGUCUACUCCUGUCCUUGUGGUAGAUGCCAUGUGUUGUAUUAAAAAGUGGUACACAGCAGAAUCGUGGGUUUGUGGUGGCCAGUGGCGCGAAUAUCUUUCUGUACUGGAUCAUUUCAUAAACACCUUUACAGCAGCUGGUAUCAAACUUGUGUUUUACUUUGAUGGUUUGGUGGAGCCGAAAAAGCGAAGUGAAUGGGUUAGGCGGAGAUUGGAUAAUGGCAAAGAAAUAGCCAAGAUCUUUCGGUUCAUCAAGACCUAUAAGCAGCAGCCCGGGAGAGAAAUGUUCUUUAUUCCAUCUGGGUUGGCUACUUUUACACGCUCCGCCUUGAGGACCCUUGGUCAAGAGACAAUAUGUUCACUGCGAGAGGCAGACUAUGAAGUGGCGUCUUAUGCACUGCAUAACAACUGCAUGGGGAUUCUUGCAGAGGACACAGACUAUCUGAUUUUUGACACUGCUCCCUAUUUUUCUGUCAAAGAGCUCCACUUGCACAGGCUAGAUACAGUGAUGUUCUCAAGGCAGAAUCUCUGCAGCAGGUUGGGCCUCCAUCCAACAGAUCUCCCCCUUCUUGCCUGCAUCCUUGGCACAUACAUAGUACCAGAAAAGGUUAUGGGACGUUUUCGGAAUCAAUGCGUUGCUUCAUACUGUGCAAAAAGCCAGGGCUCUAAUCAAAGGAGUAGCAUGAUUCUAGCCGUGGCAAACUAUAUUUCAUCUAUUUCGCGUUCAUAUGGUAGUUUGAUAGCUUUAGCAGAAACGUUGCCUUUGGAAUCAGACAAAUCCCUACUUUGCAGUGGGAUAGAGUCUUAUCUCCUGCCUGGGCAGCAGUCUCCAUGGCUUCCUUGUGACUUCUCACAUUGCUCAGUGGCAUCAGUCGAACAAGAAGUGCCCCUGUGUUUAGAUCAGGAGAUCCUGCAGAUAGCCAAAGAAAAAUUUGUGAGAGCUGAAAGUCGUGCGUACGCUUUCAUGUGCAGUGGAGAGGAUGAAUGCAGCAACACUUUGGAAGAUGAAGAUGAUACAGAGCUUUCUGGACAGGCACUUAUCUUUCUCCCUGCCCGUCAGCAUAUCUAUUCUCUUCUGCUGGAGUCUGCAAAAGAUGUCAAUGGGACCUACCCUGUAGUAAAGGAGUGGUUUGUGUACGCUGGGAAUUCCCUGAAACAACCAGACUUGGUACAACCCAAGGAACUCCCAGGUGGCACUCCUAGUUUGAGAUCCCUGUGGCUCAGCAGCGGACCCGAGACUGAAAAGCUACGCCAUUGGACAUUUCUGGCAUGCUUUCAACUGCAAGAAAUAGCAGAGGAGAUCCAGGCUCUGGAAGCUUCUGUUGCUGUUGUCUGCUGCUUGUUACUGUACCUCUUCCUACAAGUUGACAGCCUCUCCUUGGAAGACUUGAACGCAUUUCUAGCUCAAACUCUGUGCCUCGAGGGGAAGUCGGCUGCUCAGCUUGCAAACUUGCAGCUUCCUCAGGUUGAUUCAAGAGGCGUCCAGCUUGGCUCUCUCUUCAUACGAGGCCUAGCUCUGAUGAUUAAAGCCAAUAAUACCUGUGGCCUCCCCUUUAAAGCGGAUGACAUAAUGGCGUGGAGUGUAUUUGAUGGAAACCUCUUUCACACAAAAUACCUGCAAGCCCACAAAGGAUGCUCUUUACAUGAUCUUUUGGAAGGCAAUGAAUCUUGGCUUGCCAAGUUUCAGGAUCUGAUGUCCCUUAUUUGCAAAACUUGCUCAGCAAGAGGCAGGAUAAUUCAGAGCAGACAGCGACUGGACAGCUUCGUGUCAGAGAGACCAGGAAGGGGAAGAGGUACUCACUUUCGGAAUCCAAACAGAAUUCCAUCUCGUCCUUAUCGUGAUCAGGGCAGUGACUCUCUGUGGUGGAGAGACCGUCAGCCACCUGGCCAUUCAUAUGAAUCCCAGCCUCCAGGUCGAGGAUAUGGACCAAGACACCAACCUCCCAGGGGACAAAGAUUCUAGGUGGCCCUAGAUGAUUCUCCUCCUGGGUGGAACUGGAGGGAGGAAGAGUGAGAGAGGAAAAGGGGGUCUGAUAAUGUAUGGAAAAUUAAUCAUUAUUAAUCAUUAAAACCAACUGACUGAUUUAUAUUGCUGGAAGAGCAAUUAAGCACAUCCUAGCUUUUAAAAAAUGAGCUGUGUAAUGUAGCUUGCCUUGACCUGAAGAGCUAUGCUUAAAACGCAGCAAUACUUACUAUAGUGAAAGGGAAAAUCUUCAAAAUGGGGUGUGGGCAAUCUUUGAUGUUUCCAGCUCUUACUGAUAUGGGUGCUUUUGUGCCAAUAAAAAAUAAUGAUUUUAUUAGCAGUCA